CAUGAUGCUCUCCAACUUGCAAAGCAGCCUCUCGCCUGUGUAGUAUCACACUGAUCAUUUAAAAGGUUUGGAUUGAAAGAGCUUCUGACAAGAUGAACUUGUCAUCUCAGAUGGACUACAGUUCCUGCUUCAUCAAUUCGCCCAUGCGCCCCGUGCUCAUGCUGAAUCACUUCACCAACGUGUUCUUACUCCCCCUCUUCAUCUUCAUCCUGUACGCCGCUUUCGGUCAGACCUCUUCCUUCACUCACUCUGACAUGUUCACUUUCCACAUGGCUGCCAUCGAGCUGAUCGGUGUGGCGGCCAGCGUCAUGCAGGUUCACGCCAUGUUGGCGAAGCUUCCUCACAUGAUCAUUUUGGGCAGUAAAUUCUUUUACCUCACAUGGUUCGGUCAGGUGUUCUUUCACGCACUGACCUGCGUGGAUCGCUAUUUGGCGGUGGUCCAUCCCGUCACCUACCUGGGGCUGAGGCAGAGCCAGGGUGUGCGACUCCGAAACAUCAUCAUAGCAGGUGUUUGGCUGUUUUGCAUCCUUCAAGCCAUUGUUCUAAAACACGGUAUGUUCGCAAUCAUAGUGGACAACAUCAUCUUGUGCUCUGCCUUAAUUGUUGUGGCCUUCUGCAGCCUUUCAGUCCUGUACUCUCUGAUUGGACCAGGGCGAGGGUCAAAAUGCAGAAAUAAGAUCAACCAGAGCAAACGAAGGGCCUUUCUUACAAUCGUGGUCAUCCUGGGGGUGUUGUUCUUGAGGUUAAUUUGUAGUCAGACGGUGAAAUUGGUUUCCAUUGUUGUUUACCCCUUCAACUUCACUCAUUGUGUGCUGAUCGGGAUUGAAACCAUCACGGGCCUCCCCAGCUCGUUGGUGUUGCCCCUCCUCUUCCUCCACAAAACAUGGCCAGUGCCGUGCUGUCAGUGAGCCUAGCCUGUGCUUGCACCCAUAAAGUAACGUCAGUGACUGUGAUUUCUUCUUCUGUAUACUGAAGUACAUCAAAAUGUAAUCAACAUUGUUUUCAAGCUCUCACUAAUUUCUUUUUCCUAAUAACUGCUUGUGUGUAUCUAAAUGUGCAUUAAAAUCUGGCAUGUCAUGUUUAAA